AGAUCUUUGCGCCCAAUAUUGAGCAGAUGCAUGUAGUAGACCAUUUAAAAGGCAAUCCAAGCAGCAAAAAGAGAAACGUGCUUGUGGAAAGCGCCCGGCUUGCGAGAGGCGACAUCCAGGAUUUGGCAGAAUUGAAAGUGGGCGAAUUUGAUGCGGUCAUUUUCCCAGGGGGGUUUGGUGUAGCGAAGAACCUGUGUUCCUGGGCUGUGGAUGGAAAGGACUGCACCGUCAAUGAACUUGUGAAGUCGACCCUCGAGGAGUUCCACAGCGCAAAGAAACCCAUUGGCUUGUGCUGUAUCUCCCCUGUGUUGGCAGCAAAAGUUUUCCCUGGAUGUGAAGUCACUGUAGGCCACAAUAAAAACGUAGAUGGAAGAUUUCCUGACUUUGAGACGGCUUCUGCUAUAGAGGAGCUUGGGUGCAAGCAUGUGUGCAAAGACGUGAACGAGGCCCAGGUCGAUUCGGCCCACAAAAUAGUCACCACUUGCGCUUUCAUGUGCAAAGCCCCUUUGCACAAAAUCUUUGACGGGAUCGGAGCGAUGGUUGGUGAAGUCAUGAAACUUGCCUGA